UGGCAUCAGAACUAUUGAACACCUGAACCCAUGAUGAAGAUCAGAGUCUGUCUGAGUUUGUUGCUGUCGCUGCUGUACACGGCGUGCACGGCCGGGCCAACGGGAGCGCGCAGCGUGCCCGUGCAUCUCUCCAAGGACGCGUGCCAAGGCCCGGGUCGCGCGCUUCUUCGGAACGUGACGGACGCUCUGGAUAUCGAUCAGCUGUUCAGAGGAUUAAACUGUACCGAGCAAAGCGCGGAGCUUCCGGUCAGCUCGAGGACCCUGUCUGCGUGCACACCACAGAACUCCGUCUGUUUUGAAGGCACCGACUUCACCUUCGAUCAGGCUGAUUGUCUGCAGAGUGUUCUGGAGGAUCUUCGAUAUUACUGGGCGACGUUCAAAUCCUACCGCGACACGGAUCGAAUCCUGGAACAGUCGGUUCUCAGAAGCAUCGAGAACCUCGUGCAGAGCUGCUUUUCUGUCACGUUGAUGGACGACGUCCAGGUCUCCCUGGACAACAAAAACUCCUUUGAGAGGCGACUGAAGCUCUGCAAAAUCCUGAAAGGUUUCCAGGUUCGCACCAUUACCAUCAACCGAGUACUGAACCACAUUGUCAGCUCUUUACAGACAUGACAACGACGAAGCUAAUCGCAGAAUCCACCAAGUUUUCUUCUCACCAGCACCACAUAAUGUUUUUUUUUUUUUUGUCUUAACGACAAAUCCAAGUAAACCGUUUAGUUGAGGUUGUUUUUUUUUAUUGGUAGUGUUAUUUAAACCUAUUUAUUUGGACUAUUUAUUGCUGAGUUGUGUUUUGUGGAUGUCUGAAUUGUGUCUUGGGUCAAUUAAACAUGUUGCUGUUUGAAA